CUUCCUACUUGAUGCCGAGGGAGACACCCACUUCCAGUACACGCAACCCGGCGGCGCUGUACGCUCGGUCCCUCCUUCCCCACUUGCUAAAUUACCAUCCUGGAGGUCGGACUACCGCUGCUGGUCCUUGUGCAACAGAUGCCUGGAAGUUAGCCAGCCAUCCAGUUAGCCGUGUGGAGGACUCUCCUUCUCUGCACCUCCACCUGUAGACAUGAACGGUGGAUCUGGCACAUGGGCCAUCACUCCAGAGGAGCGAUGCAAACACGACAAACAGUUUGACACCCUGGCCCCCGCCCUCGGCUACGUCUCCGGCGAGCAAGCUAGGGGCUUCUUCCUGCAGUCGGGCCUGCCAUCAUCUGUCCUGGCUGAGAUCUGGAACCUGGCCGAUAUGGACAGCGACGGCAAGAUGGACAGACAGGAGUUCUCCAUCGCCAUGAAACUCAUUAAACUCAAACUACAAGGGCGGAGCUUACCCUCAGCCCUGCCCAUGGUCAUGAAGCAGCCUCCUCUCGCCAAUUCCGCCGCCCCCGUCCCUUCGUCGGCCCGCUUUGGGAUGGGCUCUUUGCCAAACCUGUCUGUCGGCGUGUCGUGUAUGUCCGCCAUGCCCAUGCUAACACCCAUCCCGGCUAACACCCUCAUGCGGCCGUUGGCGCCCACGCCAAUGGCACUGCCUCUCAUCACCUCGCUGGGAAACGGCGGAUUUCACAACUGCAACCUUCUCAGUCCGCCUCUCGUUCCUAACGCCGCAGGCCUUCCGCUCUCCGGUUUCUCCUCUCCGUUAACGUUUUCGCCACCUAACAGCAUAUCCAACGCUAACUCCCUUCUGGACCUUGGAUCCAGCAGUUCCAACUCCUCCUCCACCACAUCGCUAGCCAGUAACUCUCCCAAGACGGCGUCCAGCGACUGGGCCGUGCCGCAAGCUUCCAGACUGAAGUACCGUCAGCAGUUCAACACGCUGGACAAGCUCAUGAGUGGCUACUUGUCGGGCCCUCAAGUGAGGAACGCGUUGAUUGCAUCCAAUCUGACGCAGACGCAGCUGGCUACAAUCUGGAACCUCGCUGACGUGGACAAGGACGGCCAGCUGCGGGCCGACGAGUUCAUCCUAGCGAUGCACCUGGUGGACAUGGCCAAAACCGGCCGGCCGCUACCGCUCACGUUGCCCCAAGACCUGGUGCCGCCUCCUCUUCGAGGAGGAAUCAAGUCCAGUGAGCUUGUUAACGGCACCGGAUCUUACGGCGGUAGUCCCACUUUAGUCGACCCACUGGAGGUAGAACCUGCGCAGAAGACCAAGAGCGGCGUAUCCUUUGAGGACAAGCUGAAGGAGAAUUUUGCCCGAGGUAGCGCCGAGCUGGAAAAGCGGCGUCUGGCCCUGGAGGAGACGCAAAGAAAGGAGCGUGAGAGGAGGGCCAGGGAAGAGCGGGAGGCCCAGGAGCGGAGAGAGAGGGAGGCCCGGGAGCAGGAGAACCGCAGGCGGCUGGAGGAGGAGCGACGCCUGGAGAGGCAGCGGGAGAUGGAGAGGCAACGGGAGGAGGAGAGGCUGAGGGAGUUGGAGAGGAAGGAGGCAGCCAAGCAGGAGUUGGAGCGUCAGCGACGUGAGCAGUGGGAGCGCAGCAAGAGGGAGGAGCUGAUCAGGAGGCGAGAGGGGGAGCAGGAGGAGAUCUCCCAGCUCCGAGCCAAGAAGAAGAGUCUGGAGUUGGAGUUGGAGGCUGUGGGCAACAAGCACAAACAGAUCUCCGACCGCCUCCGAGAUGCUCAAAGCAAGAGGAGGAUCCAGAAAGCGGAAGUGGACCUCAUCAAUCAGAAGAGAGACGCGCGCAUCGUGGAGAUCAACACCCUGCAGCUUCAGUUUGAGGAAUGGCAGAGGAAGCUCUCCUUGCUGGUUCCAGAGCAGCAGAAGCUGAACGAGAAGCUGAGGAACAUGAACCUAAACAAAAUGUCAUCGGCGACCUUGGCCUCGCUGGCCGUGAACGUGGCUGACAAAGGCGUCAACUGUCGGAAACUGAAAGACCAGCUCGACGCUCUGGAGAAGGAAACCACCGACAAGCUGGCCCAGAUGGAGCAGUACAACAAGGACCUGAAGCUGGGGGACAUGGAUGACUGUCUCCUGCGUGGUCUUCUGUCUCUGCUGGCUUGUCUCUGCCAGCUCUUCCUUCUCAUUAAGGAGCUGAGGGAGAAGCAGGCCAAGCAGCAGUCUGUCCUGGACAACCUGCACAGGGUCAAAGAGGAGAAGCUGCGGGAGCUGCAGGUACGCAGGGAGGAGCAGGAGUGCCAAAGGCGAAGGAAGGAGGAGGAGGAGCGAGAAAGACGCAGGAAAGAGGAAGAAGAGGAGCGUGAGAGGCGGAGGAAGGAGGAGGAGGAGCGAGAAAGACGCAGGAAAGAGGAGGAGGAGGAGCGAGAGAGGCGGAGGAAGGAGGAGGAGGAGGAACGAGAAAGGCGGAGGAAGGAGGAGGAACGUGAAAGACGGAAGAAGGAGGAGGAGGACCGUGAAAGACGGCGGAAGGAGGAAGAGGAUGCGGCAGCCAGGCGGGCAAAGUUGGAGGAGGAGGAGAGGAGGAAGAGGGAAGAGGAGCGAGAGGAAGAGGAGAGAAGAAGAAAAAGGGUGGAGGAAGAGGCCAGAAGGCAGAAGGAGGAGAAGGAGGAGCAGGAGGAGGAGAGGAAAUCCUCCAAGGUGACUCUUUACAAAGCUUUGUACUCUUUCUCGGCUCGCAACAAGGAUGAGCUGAGCAUUGACGCCGAGUGCCUCAUUGAGGUGGACGAGCAGACUAAAGGCGAGCCCGGGUGGCUGUGCGGCAGUUACCGUGGCAACAGAGGCUGGUUCCCUCACAGUUAUGCGGAGAAAUGCUCCGGCCCCACCUCCGCUGAGACCGGCCCCGCCUCCCACGGUCCCCCCUCCCCUGGACAGCCACAGCUGCCCGACUCCAGAAUCCCAGAUGGGUGUGAAAUAUCAGGAGACGGGGGCCUUCCUGUCCAAUCGGAUACAUGCCAGUUUGCGACGCCUCUCCUGGCUCGGGUCAUCUCCGCCUGGUCGCCCGGCCCCUCCGAAACACACCUCCCGCCCGGCGAGGGUGACGUCAGUAACGUUCCGCUCAGCUUGUCGCAGGGUGAUGUUGUCAACGUGCUGCAGCAGAGGGACGACUGGUGGUUGGGGCAGCUGAAGGGGACGCGGGGAUGGUUUCCCAGAAGCUGCGUCGUCGUGGAGGCGGACAUGGAGGCAACGGACGUCGGUGAUGGCGCUCAGCUGGAAGAAUACGUGGCCCUGUACACGUACGAGAGCCCGGAAGCGGGCGACCUGACCUUUGAAGAGGGCGAUGUUGUCAUGGUGACAGAACGUGAAGGGGAGUGGUGGCGAGGAUGCAUCGGAGACCAAAACGGAGUCUUCCCCUCCAACUAUGUCAGGCCUGUGGAGCCAGAGAUGUCGAGACCUGGGGCGCCCACUAAGAAGCCUGAGAUCGCCCAGGCCGUCACCGCCGUCUUAGCCGCAACAACGCAUCAUCUGCAUCUCUCCCCCGGGCAGCUGAUCGUGGUCCUGGCCAAGAACUCCUCCGGGUGGUGGCUGGGAGAACUGCAGGCUCGAGGCAAGAAGCGUCAGAGAGGCUGGGUUCUGUCCUCCAACGUCAAACUUCUGGGACCCUCCAGCAACAAGUCAUCCCCCUCACCCCUGCCAGUGUGCCAAGUCAUCGCCAUGUACGACUACACGGCCGCCAACAGCGAUGAGCUCAGCUUCUCCAAGGGUCAGCUGAUCAACGUCCUGGACAAGACCAACCCCGACUGGUGGAAGGGGGAGGCCAACGGCGUCACGGGCCUGCUGCCCACCAACUACAUCAAGAUGACCACCGAGUCGGACCCCAGCCAGCAAUGCACAGUCAGUUCUCCAUACAAACGCAAAAACAACCACGGGUGUGCUGACCUGAAGACCCUAGACACCAUGACCCCCCAGGAAAGGAAGAGGCAGGGUUACAUCCACGAGCUCAUCCACACCGAGGAGACCUACGUGGACGACCUGGAGCUGGUGCUGGAGGUGUUCUACCAGCCCAUGUCUGACUCUGGUCGACUGACAGAAAGCGAGAUGGCCGUGAUCUUUGUAAACUGGAGAGAGUUAAUCAUGUGUAACACCAAACUCCUCAAGGCGCUGCGUGUCCGCAAGAAGACUGGAGGAGAGAACAUGCCUGUCCAGCUCAUCGGCGACCUGCUGGCGUCUGAGCUGACGCACAUGCAGCCGUACAUCCGCUUCUGCUCCUGCCAGCUCAACACCGCCGCCCUCCUGCAGAGCAAAACACACAAUCAGCCCGACUUCAAGGACUUCCUCAAAAAAAUCGCCACCAACUACCGCUGUAAAGGGAUGCCGCUGUCCAGCUUUCUCUUGAAGCCCAUGCAGAGAAUCACACGCUACCCUCUGCUCAUAAAGAAUAUCCUGGAGCACACCCCUGACCAUCACGCUGACCAUGUCGCCCUGAGAGAGGCUCUGGAGCGGGCCGAGGAGCUCUGCUCUCAGGUCAACGAGGGCGUCAGGGAGAAGGAGAACUCGGAUCGCCUGGAGUGGAUCCAGGGCCACGUGCAGUGUGACGGAGCCAUCGAGCACUUGGUGUUUAACUCGCUGACAAACUGCCUGGGCCCACGCAAGCUCCUCCACAGCGGGCGUCUGCACAAGUCCAAGAGCAGCAGAGAACUGUGGGCCUUCCUCUUCAACGACUUCCUCCUCCUCACGCACGCCGCCAAGACCUUCUCCUCCUCCGGUCCAGACAAGCUCUUCAGCCCGAAGAGCAGCAUCCAGCUGAAGAUGUACAAGACGCCGCUCUUCCUCAAUGAGGUUUUGGUGAAAAUGCCGGCUGACCCUUCCAGCGAUGAGCCACUCUUCCACGUCUCACACAUCGACCGCGUAUACUCGCUCAGGACCGAGACCUUGAAUGAAAGGGCGACGUGGGUGCAGAAAAUCAAAGCAGCAUCGGAGCAUUUCAUCGAGACGGAGAAGAAGAAAAGGGAGAAGGCGUAUCAAGCUCGCUCUCUGAAGACCAGCGGCAUCGGCAGGCUGCUGGUGACUGUCUCUGAGGCUCAGGAGCUCAAAGCCUGCAAGCCCAACGGUAAGAGCAACCCUUACUGCGAGCUGACCAUGGGGGCUCAGUGCUACACCUCCAGACCCGCCAGCAACACCCUCAACCCCAAGUGGAACUUCAACUGCCAGUUCUUCAUCAAAGACCUCUACCAGGACGUGCUGUGCGUCACCGUGUUUGAGAAGGACCAGUUCUCACCGGACGACUUCCUGGGCCGCACUGAGGUUCCCGUGGCGACCAUCAAGAAGGAAAUGGAGAGCAAAGGGGCCGCCAGUCGGCGUCUGCUGCUGCACGAAGUCCCCACUGGAGAAGUCUGGGUCAGGCUGGACCUGCAGCUCUAUGAGCCGCCCAAAUAAGACACACUUCAGGCAAUAUUGUCAAAAAGACUCACAUAGACGUGCCUUUACAUUCUUUCUACUGCUAACAUUGAAAUGUGAAUAGAAUUGCCAAUCACUGGUGAGAAUAAAUUGUAUAUACUGUCCAUACUGCUAAACAUUUGUCUUUGUUUGGGGCCCUCACAACAUUAAAAGGACUUUAAUGUUGUGUGGAGAACCAGCAGCUGUGAUGAUGGCACCUUCCAUCCGACAUGGCGGUCUCACGUAUGUGGAACGGUACGUUCAAUCUGCACAGCACAUGUUAAUGUGGAUGUUAAUGACAAGCAUGAAACAUGCAUAUCUGGUAGCAUUACAACAGUCACACCUGUCGGCAGGGAUGCUUUUAGGGGCAUCCGAUGAUUGCACGUCGGCCUCGGGAGGCUGGGGCUCGCUCUGAGACAUCCACCUGUACUGACAUCCUAAAUCACAGCAACAUAGGAUACAUCUCAUAUAUAACGGCCAUCAUGCAUGUCAUAGUUACUGCACGACUCCGGUACCUGCUUCACAGCGAGUCGUCCUCUUCAGCUUGGACCUUUCGUGUAAUUCUGUCUCCUUCAGCUUGGCUGCAUUGAGCUGUGUGAGGAUUUAGUCAGCAAUGGGUCAGUGUAAGCAUAUUGUAGAACCUCCGCCAAAGCUUUCAUCAAGAGCCAACAGCAAGUUU